AGAACUGUUGUUACAUGACGAGGAUGGAGAAUGAAGCGAACAUCUCCUCUGCUCCUGUUGACCUCACUGCUCUGCUGCACAACAAACUCAGCCUCUCUGACUGUGAGUCCCAGCAGCUCUCAGAUGUUUGAAGAAGACUCUGUCUCUCUGAGCUGUGAGGAGGACGACAGCUCUGCUGGAUGGACUCUGAGGAGGAACACAACCACAGACACUAGGACUGAAUGUGGAGCUGGCUGGGGAAGAUCAGCUGGUUCUGUCUGUAACAUCAGCUACAUGGAUCCAUUGGACAGUGGAGUUUACUGGUGUGAGUCCAGAGAGGGAGCAACCAGUAAGAGCAUCAACAUCAGUGUCACUGGUGGAUCAGUGAUCCUGCAGAGUCCUGUCCUCCCUGUGAUGGAGGGACAUGAUGUCACUCUGCACUGUAAAACAAAGACGUCCUCCAAUCUCCCAGCUGCUUUCUAUAAAGAUGGCUCCUUCAUCAGGACUGAGCCUGCAGGUCACAUGACCAUCCGCCAUGUAACCAGGUCUGAUGAAGGCCUCUACAAGUGUGACAUCACAGGUCAUGGAGAGUCUCCACCCAGCUGGCUCACUGUCACAGGGAAACCCAUCACUGCUCCUCCCCCUGGUCACUCCUCUGCUCCCCCUGGUCACUCCUCUGCUCCCCCUGGUCACUCCUCUGCUUGCUCCCCCUGGUCACUCCUCUGCUCCCCCUGGUCACUCCUCUGCUCUUGCCUCUGUGCUGUGGUCCACUGGUUCAGUCUGUGUUCUGGUGCUGCUGGUUCUACUGGUUCUACUGCUGCUGAAGUUAGAGAUGAUGACAUCACAGAUGACAUCACAUACAGCAAUGUGUCAGUAUCACGUAACAGACGGCGCAGAGAGAGCGACCCAGCUGCAGCCAAGUCAGCAGUGAAAAGACCAGAAGACGUGAAUCAUGGACAAUUUGUGUCUGAAGACAUGACAUCAAACAGGACGAGAGUCAGUGAACCAGCUGCAGUUUACUCAGCAGUGAGAAGGACAGAAGACGUCAGUUACGGACAAGUGGUUAUAAAAGACGUCAAAUCAAAGAGGACGAGAGAGCCUCCAGCAGAGCCACAGGUCGUCUACUCUUCACUGAGGUAGACCUUCACACCUUCACACCAGUGCAACCAGUGAAGUCCAGCUGGCCUGUCACUGGUCCCCACAGCCCCUCACACCUCAGGACAUUCAUGGGCUUUAUUUCUUAUUUAUAUAUGUGAAAGUUAAAUGAGACUGGUGCAGCUACAGAGAGACAAACAGCUUCACUUUACACAUUAUUGUUUUACUUUUCUUUGGAUAAAUAACUUGUUAAAUACUUAUUUGUUUAGGUGGUAGUGUUUCAGUCGGGUGAAGAACACCGACAUGUUUCUACUGAACAGAAGCUGCUGAUAAUAAUGAACUUUACUGCUCUGAUAUUGAUAUCAAGUGGUGUCUCUGCAGGAUCAAUAAACUGUGGGUUUCACUAAGCUGACACAUGGAACAUUUGACUUGUUCUGGUCUGUGGCUAACCGCUCGGUGCAGACAACAGAACAAACACACCGCAGACUAUAAACAGCAGCACAAAAAAAAAGAAGGCGCCAUCUAGUGGGCUCCGAAAAUAAAGAAACUUGUUCAUGAGGCUUCAGCUGGCCGUCACAACACACAAGCAGCAGACACACACAGACUAUGGAUACAUCUCAGAUAUCUCAGUUACAUUUUAUUUUCCUCCGUCUCACUGAAGACACGAGGAGAGACUCUGCUCUUGUUUAGGUGUUUUUACUGUUUUUAAUUGUUUGUUUUAUGUCUUGUGUUUUUAUGUUUAUGUACAGCACCUUGUUUCGGCCGUUGUUGUUUUUAAAGAGCUCUAUAAUUUAAGUUGA